AUGCCAUUCUAAAGCUUUCGGUUACCAUGACCGAUUCCGGCGAUGGGUCAUCGCCUCCCCCGCAGCCGGACAAUCCAUUCUCCGGAAUGCACAUCGACGACACGGCAUUCCUGAAACAGGUGGAAGGUCGCAGCCCGUGCACGAUUUGUGGCAAAUCGAGGAAAUUCUUCUGUUACCAUUGCUACGUUCCGGUGGCGGAACUGGAGGAUAAGCUGCGAUUCGUGAAGCUACCGAUCAAAGUCGACAUCAUCAAGCACAAGAACGAAAUCGAAGGGAAGAGUACGGCCAUCCAUGCGGCGAUUCUGGCCCCGGAGGAUGUAAAAAUUUACACGUAUCCGGACAUUCCGGACUACAGGGAAGAGGAGGGUGCGGUGCUGAUAUUCCCCACGCCGGAUGCCGUUACCGUGGCCAGCUUGUGCAGCGGGGAGCUUCCGAAGGUGAAGGACAAUUAUGGAUUGCCCAAGGGGCAUCACAUUGGAACUUUGCUGCGGUGCAAAUUGACGGACAUUGUAGCGGAACAGUCGUCGUCCGAUGAGGAUGAAACGAAGAAGCCAGGUCUGGCACAUAGGUUACCGGUGCGGAAGGCGGUGUUCAUCGAUAGCACUUGGAGCCAGUGUCGCGGGAUUUACAAGGACGAAAGGGUCGCCUGCUUGAGGACGGUCGUCAUUCAGAAUAGGAUCUCGCAGUUCUGGCGCCAUCAGAAGAACAGCCCCCGAUGGUUCCUGGCCACAGUGGAAGCGGUGCAUCAGUUCCUGAUAGAACUUCACAUCAACGCCUACGGGUUGGACUCGCGAUACCAAGGGUUGACGCAUCUAGGGUACCUAAACUUUCCUCACGAUAAACUGGUGCAAUGCGGGGAAAUGCUGGAAAGUGGCCAGCCCUCGCCCUACAACGGCCAGUACGACAAUUUGCUGUUCUUCUUCCUGCACAUGUACAACUUGAUACAUGAUUACUACGAGCAUCAUACUCUGAGGGCGUACCGAAGGCCACUCUUCCUGGAGGAUAAAUAUCAGCAACAGUUGAAGAAGCAACAAGAGCAAAUAGGAGAAACUGUAUCAACAUGAAGUCGAAUGUGAUUUUCGAAUAAAAUGAAUUUUGUUAAAAACUAA